CAGGGUCGGGCACCCGCCGUACCGCUGACCCGGGCCGGGCUUGAAAGGACGAGGUCAGUGCUGCCUCAGGUCCGAAGGAAAGGGUUUUGUUUUCCAGCUACAGUGGUUGCUAAUGUCCUCGCCAUUGUCUUAUUAAUUAAAAUAAUCGUCCAGAAGUAAAGCGGCUUUUUCCUUUUAGCUCCUGUGGACCCAUAACAAAGCCGGGAGGCUCCCUCCCAACCCCCCAACCCCCCAACAGCAGCUCUCUCGCUCUCUUUUUUUUUUAAUUUAAGUUCCUGGAUUUAGGGUUGGGGGAGAAAGGGACUGGUCACACAGCAAAAAGCGAGUCCCGACGUAAGACACCGGGAAUGAGCGGAUUCCUCUUCUUUCCACCCCUCUGCCCUGUGGAUUAGAAGAGAAAGAAAAUCUCCCGCAUUGAACUGAAACCUCAGGGAGUAAUUAUUCCUGUAUUUCCACCAAAAUCGGGGCAAAAAGGUUUGCAAUUAAUCCAAAAUCUCCAUGAGUGACCCUAUAUAGGCUGGAAGAUAUAAACAAAACCUUCCGAAGGGGGGGGGGAGCAAAUUAAAUCUUGCUACCCCUACACGCUGGAAAGCAACAGUGGGUUUGUUUUCGCCCUCCUCUUUGCCUCAUUUAUCGCUGCGAGGAAUUAUUAGAAUUCUCCCCUUCCUUGCCGUUCUGAACACUGAGAAAUCGAAAUUCGUUGUGUAGAGACGGUUGAGGCACUGGUGAUCGCCUUCCUUCCUUUCUUUUCCUAAAAUUGAAUUUAUUAGGGUGGCAUUGGUUAGUAAAACCAUAUAGGUUUCAGGUUUACAACUCAAUACAACACCAUCUGCACACUGCGUCCUGCAGCCAUGCCCAAAUUAAAGUCUUUUUCUGUCCUCGUUUCCUCCCUUCCUUCUUCUUCUUCUCCCCCCCCCCCUUUUUCUUAAUCAAUGGGAAGAAAAAACGGUCCUGGGUAGAUCAGAUACCACCACCACCACCCCUCCUCCUCCGGGAUCCCUGAGGUUACGACUCCAUUCCUGCGCGAAAGCAGUCUUUGAAUUGCGUUCUGGUUUCGCUUUGGGCUGGGGAUGGGCAGGUGGGGGGCACGGAGAGAACGGAGGGCUCGGAGGUUCUGCUCCACGGACCACGGUCUGAAGACUGGAUUCCCCUUUUCUGACACACGUUCCACACGAGCCCCCCCCCCCCCCCCCCCCACACACACACCGAGGCCGGGCUGCGGGCGACCGUGCGCUGCGGCCUCUGGUCCGGCCUGACGGCUGCCGAGCCGGCCUCGUCCACACGCGGUGCUGAGAGCGCACAGUCGGCCUCGCGGAGACGGACGUCCUGCUUUGAGGGUCCGCAAGCGUUUCGGGAGGACUGCGUCGGGGCUGUUGUCUUGGCCGGACUGGGUCGCUAUUCCUGAUUGGUCAGGUGUAGGGUCUUUCUAUGGGCUGGGGGAGGCUGCGGACACCUGCAGGCGGGGGGGCGGAAAGCGGCUCUCGACUCCCCUGGGCUCGCCGGCGAGGACGUGAGACCCGGGGAAGCAAAGACCGGCGUCCGCGACCUGGACCUGGGCUCCCGCCGGUGUCCGGCGGCGGAGUGGAGAUCCUGUGCAGGGGGUCGGCCUCUCUAACUAUGCCCCAGGAUGACGGAGCAGCCGCCCAGCGAGGCGGCACGCAGUGACCCCCCGCUGGAGGGACGGGAGGCGGCCGAGGCCCGCAUGGCCCCCCCGCACCUGGUCCUGCUGAACGGCGUCGCCAAGGAGACGAGCCGCGCUACCCCAGCCGAGCCCCCGGUGAUCGAGCUGGGAGCGCGCGGCGGCCCGGGGGGCGGCCCCGCGGGUGGGGGCGGCGCCGUGCGAGACUUAAAGGGCCGCGACGCCGCCGCGGCCGAAGCGCGCCACCGGGUGCCGACCACCGAGCUGUGCAGACCUCCGGGGCCCGCCCCGGCGCCCGCGCCCGCUCCGGCACCCGCCGAGCUGACCGGGGACGGCCGGAUGGUGCAGCUGAGCCCGCCCGCGCUGGCGGCCCCGGCCGGCCCCGGCCGCACGCUGCUCUACAGCCUGAGCCAGCCGCUGGCGACCCUCGGCAGUGGGUUCUUUGGGGAACCAGAUGCCUUCUCUAUGUUUGCCACCAACAACCGAGUGAAGAGGAGACCCUCCCCUUAUGAGAUGGAGAUUACUGAUGGUCCCCAUACCAAAGUCGUCAGGCGCAUCUUCACCAACAGCCGGGAACGAUGGCGACAGCAGAAUGUGAACGGGGCCUUCGCUGAGCUCCGCAAGCUGAUUCCCACGCACCCCCCAGACAAGAAGCUCAGCAAGAAUGAGAUCCUCCGCCUGGCCAUGAAGUACAUCAACUUCCUGGCCAAGCUGCUCAAUGACCAGGAGGAGGAGGGCACCCAGCGGGCCAAGCCUGGCAAGGACCCCGUGGUGGGGGCUGGUGGAGGGGGUGUGGGAGGAGGCGGUGGUGCACCUCCAGACGACCUCCUACAGGAUGUGCUGUCCCCCAACUCCAGCUGUGGCAGCUCCCUGGAUGGGGUGGCCAGCCCAGACAGCUACACAGAAGAGCCUGCACCCAAGCACACAGCCCGCAGCCUCCAUCCUGCCAUGCUGCCUGCCACUGAUGGAGCCGGCCCUCGGUGAUGGGUCUGGGGCCAUCCUGGGCCAGCCAGGAAGGUGCCCUCAGGCCGCUGGGACUGUGGGCUUCUGGGCAGGUGGAUGAAGAUUAGGCAGCUCUGAAGUAGGGCAAUGGACUUGAUGAGCUUUCCUUGAUGCCUGAACUUUGGGAAGCCCACACUGCCCCUGGGGCUGGCUUUUUCAUUUCCCACCUCAGUAGGAGAACAGAAAAGUGGAGCAAAGUGGUAGGUACUUUUUAUGAAGACGGCACGGUCUUCUCCCUUCCCCAAAUCUUAAGACUUCUCAAGUAAGAGGCUUGAGCAGUACUGCUUUUGGCCUGGAGCUUGGAAGCCCUGUCUUUCCUGAGACCUGGGGUUGUCAGCUCUCACCUGAGGUAUUCAGCAGCCUCUGCCUUGCCUUUAGCCCCUCCCAAGCUGGCUGUGUGGCUUUUGUGGCCACACUGUCCAAGUAUAUAGGUACCCAAUAGCUGCCCAUUUCUUGAGCCUCAUCUUCACCCAGGCCCACGUUGGUCCAUCCAGCUUGCCAACUGCUGCAGAGUCACAGCCUCGAGGUGCCUUCUUCAGGGCCUGGUUGAAAAAGACGGCCAGUGGACCACCUGCUCCCGACUACUUGGGCCAGAGGGUCAGAAAACCAAGUGGCCCUUACUUCUUGCCCUGAGGAUUGAAGCUUUACUUUCUCCCCACUGAGACCUGCCUUCCCAAUUCUUGUGGCUGUGGGGACCAAGUCUGCAGCUGUAGGCAUGCCCUUUGGGCUUUGUGUAAUGGCAGAGAAGGGAAAAGUGAUCAGAUGAAAUUGAACAAGUGCUAUUUGGGGCACAUGGGCUUCAAAGGCCGGUUGUGUCUCAAGAGCUACCUGCCUCUGUUCUCA